GCGCGGGGACACGUAGGUCUAUGAGAGCCGUGCACAUUUUACAGAGCAUUGGCACAACUAGAGAGGCAGAAAGCCGAGGUCGACCGUAGACUACUUUGAAACGCUUGAUCCGAUGCUUUUAAGUAUAAUGGAUCUAAGUGCUGUGGAAACACCAGAGCUAUUGAAAUACAACCCGACACUUUUGGUAGAUAUCGCGGGAGAAGUAGGAUUAUUUAUCCACUGACAUCUAUGGACUAUUUUGCCUAUUUUUCACAUGCCAUAAGAUACUUUUUACUUAUAGCCCAAUUUGCCAACAUGAAAGGGUUUUAAUGGAUAUAAUCAUGCCUGGUCAGAUUUGAUAUCGCUGCAAGCGUUCAAUUCCUACUAGCGGAACUGGAAGACUUUGAUAAGAUCAGAUUCAAGAGAAUCUAAAUCCAUUUGCGUCGACCAGCGAGAAUUUGCGAACGUCCGAACGUCGAGGGGGACAUUGAGAGGUUGUCGCAGCCGUGUGAAGGUUUCUCCGAGUCGAUUCCCCGUCUGAACGAUGGUGUUUGACAAGGAGGAAAGUGUCUCCCUUGUGCCUCUCCAGUCCAAAGGGAAGCAGAGGGUCUGCGCCGGGUGCAACCGGAGGAUCAUGGACCGCUUUAUGCUAGAGGCUCUGGACAGGUACUGGCACGAGGACUGUCUGAAGUGUGCCUGCUGUGACUGUCGCCUGGGUGACGUGGGCUCCACCCUCUACACCAGAGCCAACCUCAUCCUCUGUCACAAGGACUACCUGAGGCUCUUUGGGAUGACGGGGAACUGUGCAGCUUGCAGUAAGGUGAUCCCGGCCUUUGAGAUGGUGAUGAGAGCCAGGGAGAAUGUCUACCACUUGGACUGCUUUGCCUGCCAGCUGUGCAGCCAGAGAUUUUGCGUGGGAGACAAGUUUUUCCUGAAGAACAACAUGAUACUGUGCCAGCUGGACUACGAGGGGGGGCAUCAGAAUGGAAACUCUGCUGAUCAGGCUCUGUAGGCUCUACUGCUCUCUGCUGGUCAGAGACUAGCUAACGCCAGUGGACACUACUCCCUACCGGUAUGCCCGGACAGUCCUCUUCUCAUCACAUCAGGGCUGUAUUCACUAGGAACCAAAUGGAAGAAGGACCUACACUACAUGGCCAAACGUAUGUGGGCACCUCUUCAAAUGGGUGGAUUCGGCUAUUUUAGCCACAACCGUAUGCAGUAGAAUGGCCUGUAGAGCUCAGUGACUUUCAACGUGGGACGUCAUAGGAUGCCACCUUUCCAACAAGUCAGUUUGUCAAAUUUAUGCCCUGAUAUGUUUCUAGAAGAUUUUGUGCUUCCAACUUUGUGGCAACAGUUUGGGGAAGGCCCUUUGCUGUUUCAGCAUGACAAUGCCCCCAUGCACAAAGCAAGGUCCAUAGAGAAAUGGUUUGUUGAGAUCGGUGUGGAAGAACUUGACUGACCUGCCCAGAGCCCUGACAUCAACCCCUUCGAACACCUUUGGGAUGAAUUGGAACGCAGACUGCGAGCCAGGCCUAAUCGCCCAACAUGCUCUUGUGGCUGAAUGGAAACAAGUCCCCGCACCAAUGUUCCAACAUCUAGUGGAAAGCCUUUCCAGAAGAAUGGAGGCUGUUAUAGCAGCAAAGGGGGGCCCAACUCCAUAUUAAUGCCCAUGAAGUUGGUAUGAGAUGUUUGACGAACAAAUGUUCACAAACAUUUGGCCAUGUAGUGUACUUCAACUUUUUCAAUAAGAAACUCUUUGUUGCAAAAUGUUUUGCUGCGGUGUGCUAAUGAAUACACCCCAACUGACAGUUGUGGACAGUGCAGGAUUAAGCGCCCAGUUCCCGAUGCUCAGCGACAACGGUGAUGCCACUUUGCCUUGACUUCUGCUAUCCUUACUGUCCUUGACGGUAGACUCACCACAGAGUUAUUAGCGAAUGAAGCGGCCUUGUGCAUGGGAUAUUACUCUCAUUGACUGAAACGAGGAAGGAGAACUAAUGAGCAUUGACGUGCAAAACAACAACAAAAAAGUAAAAGACGUUCAGAGCAAUAUGUUUGGACUCUAUUAUUAUUAAAGCUGCAUUAUGUUACUUUUUGGCUGACCUGACCAAAUUCACAUAGAUAUGGGAGUUAUAGAUCUGUCAUCUUUGCAUUGAAAGCAAGUCUAAGAAGUGGUAGAGCUGUUUGAUGUGCACCAUUUUUUUGCUUCCCAUUUAAAUUUUGUUUUUGCAUCUUUUGGUUUUGUACACCCGCUUCAAACAGUUGAAAAUUCAAUAUUUUUGGUUAUGGAAAAUGUUUCCAGCUGUUUAGAUGGUACAAUGAUUUCUCUACAGUAUACUUGCUUGAUUUGUCACUAACUUUUAGAAUUUUAUCAAUCAGGGAAUGGCGGAGCAAUUUCUGCAUAGUUCACCUUUAAUGGUUCUGCCCAAAUCAUGGCUAAGGAGAAAGCCACAGCACUCAUUUGUUUGUAGGGCUGCCUCUGUUCACAAUAGGCAGGUCCACUGGUAUUGCUGGUAUUGAGUUCUGAUGUACAGACCCUUUAAUAAAGGGUAAUAACUAACAUGCUCUGUCUCUGAAGAUAUUUGUUUUUAAGUUACCUUUAUGAAGAGUAGUAUGAUUUGUUUGCACAGCUUUUGACUUUCAAUAAAGACUGAAACAUUUUA